CUAUUCUUUUUCUAGUUUACAAACUGUCUAACCUUUUCUCCUUCUUUUCAGUUAUUUCUGUCUUCUGAAACGAAUGUGGAGCAUCUUACUUAUUAGGGGAGAAAAUUUGUAGGAGAAAAACUGAAUAUUAAAAAUUUAAGCAUAUCCUAUAUACAUAAGAAAUUUUUGGAGCAUAUCCUUCUGGAUAAUCCUGAUAUUUUUACCGGCCUUAAUUUAUCUUGGGACAAAUGGUGAAGCCUAAAUCUGGAAGAAAUAACCUUUCCUGUAUCUGAAGUUUUUAAUGGGCAUAACCCGAGUCCUUUUCAUGUCUGUGUUAGUAGUCGGGCCGUGUCAUGUUACUCAUGUGUGUGUUAGUAGUUGCCUCUUUGGGAAUAUAUGCGGGAGAUGCAACAUGUUGCUGUCAUGAACAUUGUGAUGAAUAAAUAGAGGAACACAAAUCUGUUGCUGUCCAGCACUUGUCUAAGAGCAGACAGAUGUGCAGUUUGGUUAAGGAGGGCCUUGGCUGAUGACCGCUGGAUUUGAUUGGUCUGGUCCCCAGUGAGAAGUGUUUGAACGGCUGGUGCAUCCACAUAAUAGAUCUCUUGCUCUUUUAUUGUCAUGUAAUGAAGUGUGUUGAAUGUGCAGUGUUUUUAUUCGGAACGAGACGUGGUUUCUGCAGCUAGGCCUUGAAUGGGUUCUGUGAAAUCUGCCGGUAUCCAAAUCCAACACGCGAUUUUCAAUAGUGUUCAGUUUAUGCUCGUUGUUGAAAAACCUAUCGUUACAACAACGCUCUGUCAAUCUACGCUUUGACUUGGAUGUUGAUGCGUUUCUAUUGGACGCCUAUGUUCUUCGAAGCGUGUGUCAGGGCACCAUGAGAAGGGAACGGAUUGCAUCCCAACGACAGCAGGGCGGCUGCAUCAGGAAGAAGGGAUAAAAAGCAAAGCUCAAAAGGAGAGCAUAAUAUAAUCUCCCUGGCAAAACCUCUUGGUCGAAAGGAUGCAACCGGGAGGAGGCAAGAUAUACAUCCCUGCGCUUUCCGCUCCACUACGCUACGCAUCGCAUGGGUGAGGUGAGGUGAGGUUCCAGUCAGUCAGCACAUUACUUACCUAAGAAGAAAGCAGCAUUGCUCACUGGAUUUGGAUUACUACUGUACAAAAAAAUAACUAAAGAGUACUGUAUCAGACAUGCUUGUCUGGGGCGUGAGACUCAGUUAGGCAUGUGAUAACUCGUAAUAAUAAUACAGUGCAUCUGGAUCCCCAUCGGACGGCCGAGAUGGAUCCCGGCUGGAGCAUUGGAUGCCGCUGCAUCAUGAUGGUGGCUGCAUCAGGCUGCUGGAGCCUAUUGAUACCACCCCGCAACGUCCCUCUGCUGCUGCCUGCCUGCCUUCAUUGUCUCUUCUCCUCCUCCUCUUGCUCCUCUUCUUCCAGAUCGAGCUGCAGAGCCAGCUACACCUAUGGCGCCGACGUACCGGCCUUACGCCGCCGCCGCCGCGGAGUACGGCGGGCGCGGCGGCGGCGGCGACGCGGUGGUGGUGACUUAUGGCGGCGGCGGGGAGCGGAAGGCAGCGAGGUGGGUGGGCCUGGGCUCCUUGGGCCUGGGUUCGUCGUCGUCGUGGCUGGCUGGGCCGGACCAGGCGGAGAUGAAGCGGCGGGGGCGGGUGGCGAGCUACAAGGCUUACGCCGUGGAAGGCAAGGUGAAGGCAUCCAUCCGCAGAGGGAUCCGCUGGAUCAAGACCAAGUGUUCCCACAUCGUCCAUCGCUAAUUAAGCAUUUGCAUAUCCAUUCUCAUCUGCGUCUCUGCUUCUGCUUGCUAACCAAGCUCUGUUUCUUGGUAAUCUCUGCAUGUCAAUCCCUGUGCUUGUGUGUUUGUCCACCCAGCUUAGGAUCGAUUCUGCUAGCUGGGAGAAAAUCAAUGUUAUGCAGCAGCAGGCAAGACUGAGAUCAAUGUUAGUAUUUGAUCGAGAGCUGCAUGCGUGGGUACUGCCUGCACUGCAGAUCAAUUCGCGAGGCCUUUUCUUCUUCUUCUAGUUCUUUUUUCUUUUUGUUUCUUUCAUUCUAGCUGUUGUUGAUGUUGGCGUGCAGAAAGAAUGUUCCCGGUGCUGCGAUGCAAGCAAAGCCGGCAAUCAACUUUGCCGAUUCGAUUC